AUGAUCACCAAAUACUUUACCAAUGUCACAGUCAAAUUCAAUCCAUUUGGUAAGGAGGCCAGGUGUGCAAGGUCUAUCCUUUCACAAAUACCACCUUCUUUGAAGAAUACAUGCCAGGUAAAGUUGGAACUAAUCAAUGGUUCCUCUAAGAAGCAACCUAUAGUCCAAGUGACAUUCAAGGAUAAUACUGUGAUGGGUGGCGAUCCUAGAAAACUCAAACUUGCCGACUUUGCCAAUAUGUUUGAUAAACAUAGCAAGAAGCUUCUCUUUAAGGAAGAAAUUGACAAAUGA